AAAGAGAAAAGAAGCGAAAAAUAUUUUCGAAAAAUUUAUGAACAUAAAUCAGUUGUGUAUACAUACAGAUGAUUGUAUGUAUAUCUAGCUAAAAGGCAAAGCUACACAGAUCUGGGAAUCGGAAUAUAAUCGACCUGUUUGUUGCUUUUUUUGGUUUGCGUGAUUCAAGCGACUUGUUUCCGUUUAGGGUUUUUCAUCUCCAUCCUCUAGUCGAGAUCUUUCUUUGUUUAUUGGAUCAUUACAGACGGAAACACUUUGUGAUAAAUUUUUGCUAUUCAGUUCUUCCAGGAAAGAAGUGUAGAUUUAUCUGCAUCUAGCUUAUGUUUUGAAUACCGAGUGUGUUGGAGAUUGCAGGAGGAUCUGAAAAUGUUUUAAACUAAUCUUUACAUAUCAUGGAAACUCUUAUCAAAUGCAUGAUGACGGUGAAUGUCAUCAUGACUUAUGUGAGGUGUGCUUGAAUGAGAGCAUGAGUUGGAACCUGUAGAAUGCAGAAUACCAGAAAUUAGAGAAUGGAUGAUUACAGACUACCUGAGAUUUUGCCUCCUGCGUGGAUAAACAAGAAUCCAUCUGAAUUGGCAGAAUCACACGUCUUCAUCAUCUCUUGCUUUGUUGCUGGAAUUAUUGGUAUCGUGACUAUUGUGUAUACUGCUUUCCAAUGGAGAAGAAACAUCAGUCUUAGUUUGAUGAAAGCUACUGCAAAGCAAAAAAAGGAUCCAAAAUCGAGAAGCAAGGUACCCCUAGCUGCUCAUACUUGGUAUUUGGAGUCUGGAUCUCGUGGGAAAAGCUUAAACUGCUGCGUGUGCUUAAAGUCAGUGUCAUCCUCUCAGACACUUGGGCCCAUGGUGGCUUCAGAUAGCUUUAUUCACCGUUGUAGAAUAUGUGGUGCUGCGGCACACCUCAGCUGUUCCUCAAAGGCUCACAGAGAUUGCAAAUGUGUCUCUAUGGUUGGCUCUACUCGUGUUUUGCAUCUUUGGGCUAUCAGGUGGACUGAGGUGGUAGAUCAACCUGAUGAAAUAUCUUUCUGCAGCCACUGUGAAGAGCCCUGUAGUGCCUCUUUUCUCGGGGGAUCACCAAUAUGGUGUUGCUUAUGGUGUCAACGCUUGGUUCAUGUUGACUGUCAUAGUAGCCUGUAUAGUGAAACAGGUGAUGUUUGUGAUUUGGGUCCUUUUAGAAGGUUGAUCUUGUCACCUCUUCAAGUUAAGGAACUGAGACGGUCUUCAUCAGGUGGAAUCUUGAGUUCCAUCACCUUUGGAGCUAAUGAGAUUGCAUCUACUGUACGUGCGAGUAUUAGAAAUCAAAGUAAGAAAACCAAGCAAGGAAACCAAGUUCCCGUGGAUAAUAGUAAUGGUAGCAUAGAGGAAUCUUCUACAGAAAGUACACCAGACACUAAUUUGGUGAAUGAUGCCUCAAAUAAAACACAAGAAAACUACAAUGGGAACACAAACGCAGAUGGUACAAGUCAACACCAAGAUGGUGAUGUAGUCAAGAAGUUAGGUCGAAAGCUGAGUUUUAAGAGAAGCUUAUCAAAUAUUCAGAGAGAUGAGUCACAUAUAGCAGGAAUGAAGCAGAAAUAUGAGUUGACUGAUUUGGGCCCAGACGCAAGGCCUCUUUUAGUCUUCAUUAACAAGAAGAGUGGUGCUCAACGAGGCGAUUCACUCAGGCUACGGAUGAAUAUCCUCCUAAACCCUGUUCAGGUUUUCGAGUUGAGCUCAACGGAGGGGCCAGAAGUUGGUCUUUAUCUAUUUAGAAAAGUACCCCAUUUCAGAAUUCUUAUAUGUGGAGGGGAUGGAACUGUUGGAUGGGUAUUGGAUGCCAUUGAAAAGCAAAAUUUUGWKUCUCCUCCUCCRGUYGCYAUUCUACCUGCCGGAACUGGAAAUGACUUGGCGAGGGUUUUAGGUUGGGGAGGUGGUUUGGGAUCAGUAGAGAGACAGGGAGGCCUCUGCACGAUGCUGCAAGACAUAGAGCAUGCUGCUGUAACCAUUCUUGAUCGUUGGAAGAUUUCUAUAACAAACCAGAAGGGAAAACAGCUUCGUUCCCCAAAAUUUAUGAAUAACUAUCUUGGGGUAGGAUGUGAUGCAAAGGUUGCUCUAGAAAUUCACAAUCUGAGGGAGGAGAAUCCAGAGAAAUUCUAUAAUCAGUUUAUGAAUAAGGUUUUGUAUGCCAGAGAAGGUGCUAGGACCAUCAUGGAUAGAACAUUUGCAGAUUAUCCUUGGCAAGUUAAAGUGGAGGUAGAUGGUGUUGAUGUUGAGGUCCCUGAGGAUGCUGAGGGUGUUCUUGUUGCUAAUAUUGGCAGCUAUAUGGGUGGUGUAGACUUGUGGCAGAAUGAAGAUGAUAACUACGAUAAUUUUGAUCCUCAAUCUAUGCAUGAUAAGACACUGGAGGUUGUGAGCAUAUCAGGGACCUGGCAUCUUGGAAAACUUCAGGUGGGGCUUUCCCGAGCUCGAAGGCUUGCACAAGGGCAGACGAUUAAAAUUCAGCUUCUUGCUCCAUUGCCUGUUCAAAUAGACGGUGAACCAUGGAUGCAGUCACCAUGCACGUUAACCAUUUCACAUCAUGGCCAGGCUUUCAUGCUGAAAAGGGCGGUGGAAGAACCUCUCGGGCAUGCAUCAGCGAUAGUGGCGGAUGUGUUGGCGCAUGCAGAAACGAAUCACGUGAUAACCGCAUCUCAGAAACGAACCCUUCUUCAGGAAAUGGCACUGAAACUAUCGUAAAGAAUACGAGCAUUACAUGUAGCAGGUGGUAUAUCUAUUAGAGCUGUUAUCCUCUCAUGUGUCAUAUGUGUUUUUUUUCUUGUAUACGAAUCUCUGAAAUAAAUAUAAGAACCCAAAAAGAUUUUGCCUAAA